UCGCCCGCCGCCCGCCGCCGCGCCGCGCCGCGCCUGCUGCCAGCGCUCCUGGGUUUGCACAUCUUCACCGUCGCCUUUGCCUUGGAGGUGUCCGUGGGGAAGACCAACACUGUGAUGGCUCUGAAUAACUCCAAUGUUCUGCUGCCCUGCACCUUCACCACCUGCAUAGGCUUUCAGGACCUGGUCUUCACGUGGUAUUUCAACUCGACGGAGAUGAUUUACCACGGCAAGAUAAAGAGCAAAGCCUCGGAGCCCUUCCUUGUUGGACGCAACCCCCGGGUGGAGUUUGUUGGCUCGACGACUGGGAAGGACAACAACAUCUCCAUCGUCCUGAAGAGCGUGGAGUUCAGUGAUGCUGGCAAAUACACCUGCCAUGUCAAGAACCCCAAGGAGAAGGAUGCGCAGCACAAUGCCACCAUCUUCCUCACAGUGGUCCAGAAGAUGGUGGAGGCAGACAACACUGUGACACUCAUCAUCGUGGGCGUUGUUGGGGGGCUCAUCGGCCUCCUCAUCCUCUUCAUGCUUGUCAAGAGGGUUGUCCUGUUCAUCAUCAAGAAGACCCAGGAUGGGAAGAAGGAGUGUCUCGUGAGCUCAUCAGGGAACGACAACACCGAGAACGGCUUGGCCGGCUCCAAGGCGGAACAAAAAGCACCACCAAAGGCAUGAAGUAGCAGCGCCCCGAGCCCCGGCCCGCCCAGCAGCGGGGAGGCUGGGCAGGGGGACAAGCCUUUCCCUUUUGUUUUCUUUCCAAACUGCCAACGCUUGAGACAUGUUUCUAUUACACACGUGCCUGCAACCUG